CGUCAUUUGCGUCGUUUUGCUUCUAUUGUACGUAUCUCGUCCCGUGUGUGUUCUGAAUUAUUUUACUUUUCUCUCGGAGAUGUAACGUCUGCUGUCAUUUCCUAGUUGGCCAUUAUUUCGUUAUUAUAUUUCGAAUACAUUGUUUUACGUUUAAAUUGUAUAUAUACAUACGUAUAUACGCGCACCUUGCUCGACAUUAAUUGUUUUUUUAUUAUUUUGCGUUACAACGAGAAAGAGAUAUUGAAAAUCGCUCCAAGAUGAGUAUGCCGGAGCUGGGAAGUAAGAUCAGCCUGAUAUCAAAGGCCGACAUUAGGUAUGAAGGGAAGCUUUUCACGGUCGACCCUCAAGAAUGUACUAUUGCGUUGUCUCAUGUUCAAUCUUUUGGUACAGAAGAUCGUUUGACAGAAUUUAAAGUUCCCGCACAGAGUCAAAUUUACAAUUAUAUAUUAUUUCGCGGUUCUGAUAUUAAGGACAUUAAAGUGAUUACACCGCAAAUACCUUUAAAUGAUCCUGCUAUUGUUCAAUUAUCUGUACCCCCAAAUAACAUGGGUGGAUUCAACUCAAACUACCAGCCCUCUAUGGACGAUAUGGGUUCUUCUGGUCAGGUGGGAAACUCGUACAAUCCAAUGUCUGGCGUUAACUUAAACGCUGGACCAUCACAUAAACAGUCAAGUGAGUCAUCUCCUCUAAUCCUAGACCAACAACAAGUUAAUCUGCAGACACAACAGAGGCCUGCCCAAUCUGAUGUAUUAGAUUUAAUAUCGGGUGGUUCUCGUUCAUCCACACCUGCUCAGCCCGCAUUCAACGGACAACGUAAUAGCCCAACGUUUGAUCAAAACAUUCAAGCCGGCCAACAAGCCAGUCCAGGAAACAGAAAUGGUAGAAAUCAACGGAACAGGUCAACGUCUUCUGAUACCCGAAAACCGAAUAGGCAACAAGGACAAAACUAUCAAAGGAACGAUCAACAGCAUUAUCAAAGAAAUGAUCAACAUUAUCAAAGGAACGAUUUUCAACACCAGGAUAAUUAUGUUAAUCGUCAAGGUGGUAAUCGCAAUAUGAAUGGUCGCAAUUGGAAUAACCAACAAAAUCAACAACAGCAAGUGAGACGUCAAGGUGGUGCUGGUGGUGGUGUUGUGCCCAAUACUACCGGCCGUUCGUUUUACAAUAACAGAUCGACUGGUCUCCCUGCUCCUAGUAAAGCACAAGGUCCCAGAACAAAUUCUCUCAAGUUUGAUGAAGACUAUGAUUUCGAUAAGGCCAACAGUGAAUUCCAAGAAAUCAUCAAAAAGCUAUCAAGAACAAAAAUUGAUGACGGUUCAGAAGAACAAACUGAAGAUGUUCCUGUUUUGAAUGGCGGUGCCUCUUCCGUUAACGGGGAUGCAGCUCUACAUGGUAGCGAUGGUGAACAAGCGGCUGCCAAAAAAUUGAAUCGUGUCGAAAGUAACAAUGAAAAUGCUGUUACUGACAAUGAAAAUGGUGAUGAUGAUCAAAAAAUAUUUUAUGACAAAACAAAAUCAUUCUUUGACCAAAUAAGCUGUGAAGCAGUCGAGAGGAGCAAAGGACAUAAUCAAAGAACUGAUUGGCGCCAGGAACGAAAAUUGAACUCCGAGACAUUUGGUGUAGCUAUGGCGAGACGUGGACAAUACCGCGGUCGUGGUGGAUACUAUAACAACAAUGCCAAUUAUCGUCAAAAUCCUAACAACUACAACGGCGGCGGCAGCAACCACUAUGUUAACAACCGCCAAGGAAUGAACUAUAAUUACCGUCCAAACAAUGGUUACAAUAACAUGCGCAAUAAUCCUGGUAACCGUGGUUACAACAAUUAUCGACCGAGAACCAAUAAUAAACAGGAUCAACGUCAGACAAAUGCAGUGUCCCCUCAACGAGUUGCAGUAGCUUGAUGGUCGCUCUGUCAAAAUUUGAAGUUGCUGUAAAUUUCCUUUACAUCUUAAAAACAAAACAAAAAAAACAAAAACUAAAAAAAAAAUGUAAUUUUCCUAUGGAAAAAUUACCUGUACAUAGUUUACAUUUCUUUACUUUAAAACCCUGAGAUUUUAAUUGAUGCCG